CAGGUUUGAAACACCCUGUAAGGCUUAAAAUUUAUAGGCUCCACCUCGCUAAACAUCAUCCGAGAUCAUACUGUAAUGAUAAUCUGAUAAUCUUCCAAGUCAAAGCUCAGCUGUCCCUCCUCCACUCGCUUUUUUCCAUCACCAACUUCUCCAACGCGAAAUGUCGUUCUUUACACCCCGCCAUGCCGCUCUUUUGCUUUCAAUUGCAAUCGUAUGCGUAUAUGCUCAAGGCCAUGCUCCAUCUGUUGCAAGCAUGAGCUUGCCGGAGAUAGAGGAACAGCUACAAGUAAGCUCACACUAUAGUCUUUCUGAAUCCUAUCUAACCAUUUCAACUCGAUAGCAAUGUCCUCUUGUGCAAGAUCUUAAUGCAUAUAAACAAGUGACAUCUCCAGUUACCUCGACUCUUACUUCCCGCAUAUUUGCAGUCCUCUUCCCUUCCACGCCCGCUGUCAAUGCCCUUUUAGCAACGCUUUAUAUCUCUGGACCUCCCAAUUUCCUCCUCGCUUUAUGUCCACCGAAUAUCGACCCCUCUUCUCUUUCGGUAAUGGUAGCAUUCGCAGUUGGUGGGCUUCUAGGUGAUACAUUAUUCCAUCUCCUUCCUGAAAUCUUCCUCGGCGAGGAUGCCCACGAAAAUGUGCGAUUUGUCUUGGUAGAACCAAACCGUAAUUUAUUGCUGGGUGUUGCGAUCAUGGUUGGAUUCGUUACAUUUGUUGCUAUGGAUAAAGCGUUAAGAAUUGCUACGGGUGGAGAAGGUCAUGAUCAUUCACAUAGCCAUGGACAUGGACAUGGCAAUGAGAAGGAAACCUCCGCUAUUUCAAGCAAUUUGGAUGAUACACCUGCCAAAAGUACUAGAUCAAGAAAGAAGGACAAUGGAAAGUCAAUUGUUGAGGUUGAGACGACUGAAAAAGAAAUCAAUUCCAGUGUGAAGCUUGCUGGGUAUCUUAAUCUCAUGUAUGGCCUACUGCGAAACUAGUAUGGGGUUCCUUUGCUAAUUAUACUACAGCGCGGAUUUCACCCACAACAUCACAGAUGGUCUCGCCAUGUCCUCCUCCUUCUAUGCGUCGCCAACCAUUGGCGCAACAACCACCGUCGCAGUAUUUUUCCACGAAAUCCCUCACGAAGUUGGUGAUUUUGCCCUCUUGAUCCAAUCUGGUUUCUCCAAACGCGCAGCCAUGGGCGCACAAUUCGUAACCGCACUCGGAGCGCUCCUCGGCACAGUUAUUGGUAUCAUGAUACAAGAAUAUGGGUCAAGUACAGAUGAAGGCGGCAUUGGCAGAUUCGACGGACUGAUGGGCACAAGUUUAGAGUGGGGUGAUAUGUUGUUACCAUUUACUGCUGGAACGUUCUUAUAUGUGGGAACCGUAGCUGUUAUCCCGGAAUUGCUGGAGACAGGAAAGGAUAGGGGUGUUGAGUUGACAAAGACUCUGAAACAAUUUAUGGCUAUGGCUACAGGAGCUGGAAUUAUGCUUUAGUAGGUUUUGACCUUUUCCAUCGAGUCUGGUACAGUUGCUAACAAUAUAUAGCAUUUCUUGGUCAUAGAACAUUCAUAGAACGAGAUUUCAUGAUUCAAAGAGAUGGCUUACACGGGGUUAUGAUAUAGCUUCGGGCUUUUGGAAACGUUGCACAUCAUAUACGUCGAUAGAAGUGGGAUGAAGG